CAUGUACUUCUUAAAGAUGGGUUACGAGGUUGGUUGAAGACUGUAUCCGCACCUUGGAAGCCUUGACCCCGCAGAGAGGAAAAAAUUCAACAAGCUUUCUUAUGGCGGACAUGGUCGCCUCUCCUCUCUUGUGGAUGCUCUCUGACAGGCUAAUUUCUCUUAUCGACAACAGCUCGCUCGUCAAAAAUUUGCAUUUGACUUUAGCAGAAAUCCAAACUUUGGUUCUCGAUGCAGAGAAUAGAUCGGAGGACGAUGCAGCCCUUCGACGCUGGCUCACUGAGGUCAAAGAUGCUGCCUAUGAAGCCGACGAUGUUCUCGAUGAAUUCAUCAACAGUCUUUCAAGCUCCAAAAUUCAUAGCCUCUUUUCUCCCUUCCAGUGGCUUCUCCGUUUCAAUUGUCAACGCAAGAUGAAGGAAAUUGAAGGACGACUUGAUGCACUAUUGAAGAGAAGGAUCCAGUUUCAGAAGGCUGUCCCUCUAGUUAACUGGGAUGGUUUCCAAUCAUUCGAGAGCAGUGCCAGUAUCAAGGUACCCCAUCGAGAAACUCGCUCAUUUAUAUCUGAAUCAGAAAUUUUUGGUAGAAAGGAGGACAAACAGAUUUUGCUGGAUCUAUUACUGGGUGACUCUGAUGUAGAAUUUAAGAUUAUUCCCAUAGUGGGUAUGGGCGGUCUAGGAAAGACGACUCUUGCUCAGUUGAUAUUCAAUGAUGAAAGGAUCCAUUAUUUGUUUGAGAGAAGGUAUUGGGUCUGUGUUAGCCAGAAUUUUGACGUGAGAAUGAUUGGGAAAGCUCUUGUAGAAACAAAAACAGAAGCAUCACGUUUCCUUAUGAAUACAGAGGAAACUGUAGAUUCCAUUGUUAGAGAGGAAUUGAAUGGCAGAAGAUUUUUUAUUGUUUUAGAUGAUGUUUGGAAUGAAGAUCAAGAGAAGUGGAAUGUGUUGCAAAGGUGGUUCAGCGUGGGAGCUCGUGGAUCCGCUGUUUUAGUGACUACAAGAAGUGCAAAUGUUGCGGCUUUAAUGGGAACUGUCGACCCCUACCGCCUGAAACUUCUGUCGGAUGAUGAUGUCUGGUUACUUUUCAAGAACGUGGCCUUUAGCUCCAAAGGUGAAGAGAACAUCAAUAGCAGGCUUGUCGAAAUUGGCAAGAGGCUUGUUGCCAGAUGCAAAGGAUUGCCUCUUGCUAUUAAGACUCUUGCUGGUUUGAUGCGAUUUAAAGGAGAAGAAAGUGAAUGGUUACAGAUCAAGGAUGAUGAUAUAUGGAAUUUGCGGGAAUUUGAAUCUUCAGUUUUACCAGCCUUGAGACUGAGCUAUAAUCAUCUACCAUCGCAUUUGAAGCAAUGUUUUGCAUACUGUUCAAUAUUUCCCCAAGGUGUUACAAUUGGCAAGGAGCAACUGAUCCAAUUAUGGGUUGCUGAAGGCUUCAUUCAAUCAAUUGAAGGAAGUAGAAGCCUGGAGGACAUUGGAAAUGAUUACUUCAUGGAACUGUUUCGUCGGUCUUUCUUUGUGGAAAUAUGGAGAGAUGAAUAUGGGGAGAUAGUGAAGUGCCAGAUGCAUUAUCUGAUUCAUGAUCUUGCACGAUUUGUUGCAAGUAUUGGGUGUUCGAUUAUGGAAGGUAACACGUUGCAGAAUGUCCCUGAAGAAGUUCGUCAUUCAUCUUUGGUUUAUGAUUCUUAUCAGCUACCAACAACUUUGGAAUCAUUGCAAAAGGCCAAGAAACUCCGAACAUUGCUUUUGUUCUCUAACAAUCUUGAGAAGAUACCUGGACUCUUCUUGAAGUUAAGGUCCUUACGAGCCCUAGACUUGAGUGGAAGUCAAAUUCAGAAGUUGUCUAGAUCCGUUGGAAACCUCACACAUUUGCGCUACCUCAACCUCUCAUGCACUCGUAUUGAAACGUUACCCAACUCCAUCAGCAAACUUCAGAGCUUGAAUACACUGGAGCUCAUUGAAUGCUACAAUCUCCAGGAGUUACCAAAUUCCAUAUCUGAGUUAAUUAAACUCAGACAUUUGGACAUUCAGUCAUGUUGUUCAUUGUCCCAUAUGCCAGCAAGGAUUGGGAAAUUAAGGCUUCUUCAAAAAUUGCCAUUGUUCAUUUUGAGCGAUAUUGAUGGUUGUGGUUCUAUAAGUGAGCUCAGCGAGCUAGAUCUCAGAGGCAAAUUGGAGAUUAAGAAUCUUGAGUUCGUGGACAACCCGACUGAUGCUGAAAACGCAAAAUUACUUAAUAAGCAAAAUCUUCGCACUUUGAAGUUAUCAUGGAGUCAUGAUGCUGUUGCAAGUGCUGAAAUGUCUUUCCAAGUAUUGGAAAAGCUAAUGCCACCCCAGGAGCUGAAAGUUCUGCAUAUAAUAGAUUACAAAGGCACAUCAUAUCCAUCAUGGUUGAUUAAUUCACUCCUCCAAAAUGUUGCAGAAGUUUCUUUAGUCAACUGCAGCUGUAAGAAACUUCCUCCAUUUGGGCAGCUACCCAACCUCAAGUACCUCUACAUAAAAGGAAUGCUGAAAGUGGAGAAAAUAGAUAAUGAGUUUUAUGGAGAUGGAACCAUCAAAGCAUUUCCAUCUUUGAGACAACUUGAGCUUUAUGAUAUGCCAUACUUAAAGGAGUGGUGGAAUCUCAAAUCAGAUGAGCAGUCAAGUAUGAUCGAAACAGAAGAAUCAUCAUCCUGCAAACAAAUAGAAGAAUUCACCUGCCUCGAAUAUCUAACAAUCAAGGGAUGCAGUAAUUUGAGCAGACUGCCAGAACUUCCAAACCUGAAAAAUCUGGCAUUAUGGAACUGCAAUGAAGAGCUGUUGCUGUCACUGGACCAACUAGCAUCACUGUCCACACUCGUGAUCAAUGAAUUUCGAAAGCCACUAUCUAUACCUGCAGGAAACUUAACAUCCUUGCGGAAGAUGACAAUAUACGACUGUGAUGAUCUGCUUGCUCAGUUGGUUGAUGACAUGAAACCUUUGUCUUCUCUAGAGCACUUGAGAAUUCUGUACUGUGAUGCAUUGAAAUCUCUACCAACAGGCCUUAGAUAUCUCACUUCCCUCCAGAAGUUAGAGAUAGCAGAAUGUAGAGAAUUGGUUGAAGUCCCAGAUGUUAUGGACAAGCUGUCUUCUCUCAAGGAGUUGACCAUUGAUGGGUGUCCAAUGUUGAAAUCAUUGCCAGAUAGCAUCCGUUACCUAAGCAGGCUUGAAAAGCUAGUGAUUGGAAGGUGCCCUGAAUUAAUUAAGCAACUGCACAUAGAGGAAAGUGACGAGUGGUCCAAGACAGCACAUAUCCCACGCAUUGAGAAAGAAAUUGAAGAAUAUCUUACUGAAGAAGACAGCCUUAGUGAGCCUUCAUACUGAAGAAGUGAUUCUCAGUGAAAUUCUAAACAGGUUCCUCACAGGCCCUGUCAUGUUCAUAUGUACAUGUACCCGCUUUUUAACACAAAACUCUUCACCUAAUUUUGUUGUAUUAAAAAUAUGAAUAAGUUUGAUUCGGGCUUUCUCUGUUAGCUUGGAUUAAUCAAUCAUCAAGAUAUCUCUCUUGGUAAAACUUAUCAUGCCGUGAGUCUUGGAUUAAUCGAAACUAAUUCUCUUGUCUUCUUUGUUC